GGAAAAUAAUCUCAGAGCCAGCGACAAGCGGACGGGGCUGGCGGGCGCUGCCUCCCCAGGUCCCGUCAUGGAGGCCAAUGUCUCCUCCGGUCUCUGGCUGACCAGCCCUGGUCCUUCUCCUGCCAAGGCCAAGUCUGACCUGAACGCCGUCAUGGACCUAGUCCAGGUCGUCUUCUACACCGUGGUCUGUGUGGGGGGCUCGCUGGGCAACGGGCUGGUGAUCUGGCUCACAGCCCGCCGGGCCGGCCGCUCCAUCAACUGCGUCUGGUUCCUCAACUUGGCGGUGGCCGACUUCAUCUUCUCAGUCACCCGGGUGGUGCCCCUGGUGAAGAACACCUUCUACCGCGGGCACUGGCCUUUCGGCGCCUUCCUGUGCCAGGCCACCAGCUUCAUCAAAUACCUCAACAUGUUCUGCAGUGUCUUCCUCUUGGCGGCCAUCAGCCUGGACCGCCUGGCGGCCGUGGCCUUCCCGGUGUGGUCCAAGAACCGCCGGGGGCCCCGCCUGGCGUGGGCGGCCGCUGCCGGGGCAUGGGGGGUGGCCGCCGCGGCCAGCCUGCCCUUCUACCUCUACCGCAACCUGGUCCCGGACGGGAAGACCCACGGCCUCAAGUGCUCCUUGACGCUGGGAGAAGGACCCAAGCUGAUGCUAUAUCUCCUCCGGCUGCUCUGUGGCUUCCUGGCCCCCUUCGCCAUCAUCCUGGCCUGCUACGGGGCCCUGGCGGCCGUGCUGAGGCGGCGCCCGGCCACCAUCCGCUCCAGGAAGCCCUUCAAGGUCAUGGCGGCCAUCGUGGUGACCUUCUUCCUCUGCUGGGCCCCCUACCAUCUCUUCCUCCUCCUCAAGCUGGCGGGCGUCAAGGGCCAGGCCAUGGCCGUGGGGCUGCCUCUCGCCUCCUCCCUGGCCUAUCUCAACAGCUGUGCCAACCCCGUCCUUUACUUCUUCAUGGGGCUGGACUUCCGCCGGGCGCUGGGCCGGACCACCUUGGCCGGGGCCUUCCGCCGGGCCCUGCUUGAGGACAUGGCCUACUCAGCCAGGUCCCACAGCUGCAGGAAGGAGGCAGCCUCCUCCGUGGACGGGCUGGCCCAGAGCUCGGUGGCCCCCAACCUGGCUUGAGAGACCCCGAGGGAGCGGGGCCUGUGGGGCCGAGGGAGACAGAGACUGAGUGAGGUGGGGGCCGUGGCACGGACGGCAGUGGCGAAGAGAGCAGUACAGAGACACAUGCCAAAGGAGCCCCCAGCCAUCCCACCGCAAACGCCAAUGUGCUUCUUCCUGACCGGAGACCUGCGGACGUCCCCAGAGCGGGGACAGCGGCAAAGAGGGCUACACACACACACACACACUCUCACAGCGCCCCCGCCCAUAGCCUUUAUCCAUCCCACUUCCCCCACCAACAUGAGUGCAGCUGUCCUAGAACCAGACUCUUCCAUCCACCCCCAAAGCACUCGGAGGAAGAGCUCCACAAACACAGCCUCUGCCCACCCCCAACACAGACACACACACACACCCGCAUGCGCACACAGCCCCUCCCACACCCAGCCAUGAGGUAUCCCACCGGCCCCACCAAUGUGCUUCCCUGUCCUAGAGAGAUUUGUCUGUGGGUCUGCAGAACAGACAGCAGCUUGGGUAGGGGUGAACAGUCCCACCCUCCCUUCCCACCCCCCAAAUGCUCCCCCACACACACAGAUCCACCCUGUGCACACCCAUCCAUCCCACCUCUACCACCAAUGUGCCUCUCAUUCUCUUAGGGCCUGGCCCUUCCUACAUCCCCCCAGGGCGGGCGUCCAGCCAGGGGGCCGGGUUGUCCCAGUGGCAGUUUGGUCUGAGUCCCCACAAACUCAUACCAUGGAUCAUCCCAUUAAAACAACGGCUUCUCCUUGAA